UUGGGAAUAAUCUGUGCCCAUCAUUCAAAACUUCUUGCGAACAUCCUUCUGCCAUUUUCUUGCACUGGCUGGCUUUCAGAAGUCUGUUCCAGCCUGAGAGCUCUGAUCACCUCCAGACUUGGCAGUUGUUGCUCCCAUCAUUACAGGCCAGAUGUCCUUUUAAGUUAUAAUCCAGUGUUGAAUGCCCCUAUUAGAACAUUGCACCUGCACCUAAGUACAGUCAGUCUCGUUUUAGCCUUUUAGGCCUACUACUACUUCCUACUGUAUAUAUAGUGCUGUAGGUUGAGAUGUCUCCUAUCUUGCAAGCUGCUGCACUGAGUGUGCUAAUAGUCUUUUGGAAGUAAACGUAUAUUUGUCAAACUAGUGUUUGAUAGCUUCUGCCACUUCAUUGGAAAUUCCUGCAUUGCAUAUAAGCUGCCCCUCUGUCUAUCUGUUCUUAAGCCUUCAUCUCUCCCCCACCUUUCAUCUUUCCUGCCUCUUGUUUUUUUGUUUUACCUAUUCUCCUAGGCAUGUUGUGGUAUAUUAUGAUACAGUCAGUCAACUAUGUACUUGCUUAAUUUCAAAACGUGAUGAGACUUGUUCAUUGUGCUCUGCAUGUAUUUGGAGCUUGCACUGAAUGGGACCUAUUCAAUGCUUUCCCCGUUCUCUAUUUGGGCGCUAGCUGAUGGAUCUCCACAUGAAACUUCUCCUGGUCCCCCUCAGUUGUGUUCUUCUGAUGCAGGCAGCAUCAUGUGAUGGCACCGCGGGCGAAACUGAAAUGACAAAUUGGACAUGUGUAUGCGCAGCUCAUCCAGUAGGUGAAUCUAACUCUAACAGCAGCCUGUUGUCCAAUUGCUCUUCGUCCUGUCAUUGCCAGCAAGAUGAGAAUGGGGGCACGGGGUCAUGGAACUGCACAUGUGCCUCUGACAAGACCUUUCAGAAAGAACAUGCUCUGAUACGCGAUAGGAGUUGCUUCUCUUCCUGUAAUUGUACAUCUGGAAGUUCAGAGGAAGGGAAAAGGCAUGUCUCCAGCAAAACAGUCAUAAUUACGCUCCUAGUGUGCGUGGUUCUCACCACUACUGCUUUCCUUGUCACCACUGUAUACUACUUUCGCCGCAAGGAUGCGCUCUCUCCUCGUUCGCAGAUAUACUCCUUUGAUAAAUACACUAGCUGGAGCAGCAGAUCAAACCUUGUCAGCCAUCGAUCAUCUCCUCGCCCCCAACUGAAACCGAAACCAAGGCUCAGUGUUCUCAAAGAGUUUCUAUGUAGCUGCCCUAGCAUUUGUGGGGGUGAAAGUGGCACAUUCCCGGGUGUUAUCAUCCGGUUUUCGUACUCAGAGUUGGAGGAAGCAACUGGGAAAUUCUCAGACGAGCAUCUUAUCGGAGUUGGUGGAUCAAGCAAGGUAUACCGAGGCCAGCUUAGUGAUGGAAAAGUUGUCGCCGUGAAAAAGCUUAGGCCCCUGGGAGGUGCAGACGAAGACUUCGAGUUCCUGUCUGAGAUCGAGCUGCUGUCGAGGCUGAACCACUGCCACGUGGUGCCAUUGCUGGGGUACUGUUCGGAGAUCCAGAGCCGGCAGCUGGAGAGGCUGCUGGUGUUCGAGUGCAUGUCCAACGGCAACCUGAGGGACUGCCUGGACCUGAAGCAAGGAAGGAAGCCCAUGGACUGGCAGACCCGGGUGAGCAUCGCGCUCGGCGCCGCGAGGGGGCUGGAGUACCUGCACGAGGCGGCGGCGCCACGGAUCCUCCACCGCGACAUCAAGUCCACCAACAUCCUCCUGGAUGACAAGUUCAGAGCCAAGAUCACUGACCUUGGCAUGGCCAAGUGCCUGAUGAACGACGGCGUGACGAGCUGCUCGAGCUCCCCGGCGCGGAUGCUGGGCACGUUCGGGUACUUCGCGCCGGAGUACGCCAUCGUGGGCAAGGCGUCGCUUAAGUCGGACGUGUUCAGCUUCGGCGUCGUGAUCCUGGAGCUCAUCACCGGCCGGCCGCCCAUCCACAAGUCGUCGUCCACCAGGACUGACGAGAGCCUCGUCAUCUGGGCGACGUCGCGGCUGCGGGACAGCAGGUUGGUGGUGACGGAGCUGCCGGACCCGACGCUGCAGGGCAAGUUCCCGGCGGAGGAGAUGCAGAUCAUGGCCCACCUAGCGCGGGAGUGUCUGCAGUGGGACCCGGAGGCCAGGCCCACCAUGACCGAGGUUGUCCAAAUCCUAUCCACCAUCGCCCCGGCACUACAUGGAACAAAGCGCCGGAACCUCCCCAUCGCCGCCGCCUUCAACCUCACGCCGUCGCCGCACGUCGGAAGAUGUGAUCCAGAGCCCACCGACAUAGAGGGGCAGCAGGAGUGCUCGACGACAUCCGUGCAGUGGCAGCAAGAGCGGUGCGCGCCGCCACCGUGCCGUGCGUCCUGGCCCGGCUACAGGAACAAGGGCGCGGCGGGCGGCGGUGCGGUGGUGUCGGGCGAGCUGGUGAACGGGAUGCUUCUGAUGAGCCCCCAUGGGCGGAGCAACUGGCGGCCGCCGCCGAGCGACGAGGAGGAGGUGGUGGACCUGACGGAGCCCUGGCUGGAGACAUUUACGCCGGCAUUGUUCAGAUAAUUAAUGAAUUAUGUAGGAGAUUGACAGUGGAUUUGGUUAAUGCAGCGGUGUUAUUAGCAAUAAGCUCUAGCGGAGGGCUUAUCCUUAUUCAUAUCUCCACAAUCCACAGUACAUCUGCAUCCAUGAAUGUACAGAAUAUAACCACACAGGCAAAGGUAUUUAGAUUGAGAAUUAAAGAAUGUCAUGUUGCGUCUCA